UGAAAUCAAAUUUGACAUUUUUUCUCAACGAAUAGCACAAACCACAAAUUUAACCAUAAACAAAUAGAUUUAUUAUUUCAUUUAUACACUUCUUUUUAAACAAUAUUGCUAUUAAUUAAAAUGGCAACACAUAAUCAGCAGUACAUUCCAAAACUGAACAGAAAGGCAGAGCCUCUAGCAUUUGAUCAUCCAAAGUUAUCAGCCGUAAUGUCUCACCUAAAAUAUGAGUUUGCUUCCUACAAAUACACAGUUUAUAGAUGCGCUUCUAAAAUAGUCACUUUGCAAAAAGUCUUUUAUACUUCCAGCAUUCCCUACAAAUUAAUUUUGGCAGUCCUCGAAAGAUAUAACAUAACACAUGUCGAUCCAAAUUAUAUGGUUCCACCAUUUCAGUUAACUUCCCUCAUUCAUGACAUGUAUUUUGCCUGUGAAAAAUUAGGACAUUUUACUAAAUCCGUUUCGUACAAUUUGGAAACAGCAACUGCUGUUUUGUCUGAUUUCUUUUGGAACAUUUUUGAUCCACAUCGACGACAUUCCAUUUCACCAAUAGAAAUCAAAGUGACUUUUCUUCUGUUGUGCAAAAUUCAUUCAUCAGAACAAUUGGUUGAUGAAUUCUUUCAGCUGGUCCGUGACAAAAGUGAUUAUGUGACAAAAUAUUCCUUGAAAUAUCUGCUACUGAUUUUGUCUAAGAUUAUGACAUAUCUUGAAGAGGGAACGGCAUAUGGUGAGCAUAAUGUACCAACAGUUUUGGAUCAAUGUUUUUCAAGGUGUCAGAACAUAAAAGGGAUCAAUCAGUACCAGUUUCAUUGCUUGUGGUCAACUUCACAGACAAGAUUUUUAAUCUACGCCAAUCUAAUUGCUCUGGUUAAACGUAUCGAAGAUACCGAAAAGUUAAUUCACAACAAUGUUUGUGCGUCAUGCCAUUCGGACAAAAUUAUUGGAAUUCGCUUUAAAUGCCAAACAUGUAAAAAUUUGUCUCUUUGUAUGAAAUGUUUUGCAACUGGUUUCGCAUCAAAUAAACAUGAAAAUGGUCAUCGCAUGUAUGAAGUAUUUACAGAAGAUCUUCCACCAAAAAAGCUUUCCCAUUACUUUGCCAAAUUGUGUAACAUUUUCUUCCAAAGAACACAUGAAGAAUCAACCGGCUUUUGUAAUACCAACGAUGUUAGUACAGUCAAUGAAACUGAACUUGUGACAAUCGAUACAAAAUUAUCUGAUUCAGUAGCAGCUCAACAAACUAGAACCGAUUCAACUGUCAGAGAAUACUUAAAGAAUGAUUAUUCGUUUCAACAUUCCCAAGUAAGUUCAUCAAGUUCAUCGUCAAUACAUCCAUCCAAUAAGUUGCAAUCCAUCAUUGAUAAGCUCCUGCAACAAAAUGCAAAAAUCGAAAUGCAAUUAAAAUGCAUUCAAACAUCUUCCACCACUGAUAUAUCGAAUUUCCUCAAUGCACACCAAGAAUUUCUUGUUGGUAUUAUAAAUGAAAUGAGAAGCUUUACAAGUAGUGCAAGUAUAUCUUAUCCAACAUCAAGUACACCAAAUAGAGCGGCGUUUGCUAAAAAACAAGCCAUAGACCUUCAGUCUCAAAACCUUUCAAGAUCACUGCACGGAGCUGAUAUAAAUCGCAGUUACUUGGAUGCCAACAAAUCAGAUUACUCAGUCUCGGAUAUAAGUGGGUUUUUUUAUCAGAAAAAAAUGUCAAGCCCAUAUACAGGAGCACCACUUACGGUUGUCACCGAAGACGAUGGCAGGGAUACAGAAAUGUUAAAUUUUAAAUUACUUCUACAUAAGGUCAAAGAAAUUGUUGAUGAUUCCUAUAGUGAUAAUACAGAACUAGCCGAAGCUACACAAAAUUUAGAAAAUGCUUUGGAUAACAUAAUACAAGAUGAAGAAAGACGAUUGCGAAAUAGCACGUAAGGAAUUCAAGAAAAAUACGGUCAUUAUAACUUACAUCUUCCGUUAAACAAAAAAUAAAAUUUAUUUUUAUCUUUAAAUAAUUUUAUUUACACAACAUGAAUCACAAAAGACUAUUUUUAAAUAAACAAUAUUUUUGAAAUAAAACAAAAA